GCAAAUCCAUGGCCCCAGCACCCGCAACCGGUCGGCACGUCGGCGAGGCAAACCCGUUUCCCACAAACCCCCUCCACCUUUUCCUUUUCCAACCAAGGCGAGCGAGUCGAUUACUCGAUUAACCUUCUUGGCCUAACCCCAAAAAUCAACCAAAAGACCCCUUCCCUUCCUGCGCCGGCCGAUCGAUCGAAUCGCCAGGCUGUCGCGCGCCAUGGCCGACGAGGCCGCCCUGCGCCGCCCGGCCGGGACGUCGUCCCGGUCCCCGGCGCGGUUCACGGCGCUGGAGCUCGCGGCGGCGGAGCAGCUCAUCCACCUCAGCGAGAGCAGCUGCUCCUCCGGCGCCGCCGCCCUCAGCACCCCGCGCGGCGGCGGCGGCGGCUGGGGGAUGCAGCUGCUCCCGGCCUCCGCCGCGUCGUCCUCCACCUCCCCGCGCUCCGUGAACAACGCGCCCCCGCCCGCCGUGGGCGCUGCUGCCGAUGCGGCCGCGGAGGACGACGAGCAGGAGGUGGGCGGGAGGCGGCGCAGGAACAAGCGGUACCGCCCGAUCGCGGAGAUCUACGCCGCCACGGAGCCCAAGCCGAUCGGGGGCCGCCGCAGGAAGGCGGACAGGCCCAGGACGACGGACGGCGCCGCCGCCGCCAAGGAGCUAGAGGCGAGGAAGUAGAGAGCGAGGGACUUGGUUGUAAUUAUGGAUGAUUAGCAGGGACUAGCUAGCUAGCUUGAUACUCUAUAUCUGUAGGAGAAAGGUGUGAGCCUUGAUGUAGUAGGCUAGUAGUGUGUGGUAUGAUCAGGAGCUUGGAUGAUGCUGGAUUAACUGUAAAUUAUACUACUAUAUAUACCUGUCUCCGCCAAUAAUAAUAUGUAUUUUACAUGUAUGGAUCAA